CCCCUCCCCAAACACACACUUUUUGCCGAAGAUGACCUAACUUCGAAAGAGCCUCUGCUGGUCAGGGAUCUGAAGUGCGAGACAUCCUCCUACCUCCACCAACCAUCCUCAGCACUUGAAGUCUGCUCGGCAGAUGGGAGGUCACCAACCGGUCGCCUACUUUCUGCCCUCCGCCCUCAUCUAAGAUGGCCGCCUGUGGCCUCCUUCUGCACCUAAACAGACUGCAGCAGAGCCGCGUGCUACCAUGGUGAUCAUUUUAUCCAAAACACUGGAAAAGAAGAAGGGUGUCAAUGAUGUAAGGCCCGAGAACGUCGAGAGACGGCUGCGUGAGCUCCACACCAUGAGCAAAGGGACCACCCUCUUCUCCUGUGGACCUGUGGAGGCAGACAGGUGGCUGGACCUGGGGCGAAGCUGUGCCAUCCAGCAGAGAGCUCCCUGCCAGUCCAGUGCCAGUCUGCGGGAUGUGGGUCCUGAGCCCGGAGGCCAGCACUGGGCCAAGGAGCCGGGCAGCGCCAUUGCGAUCACAAGUCUGAUUAGAGAUCUCAACCUCGCCAACUGCAGCAUGACCAGCGCCACGCCCACCACUGCCCACUACACCACUUCAGCCACCAGCCACGCUCCCACUGCACCCCCGAGCAAACGCCAGUGUCGCUCCCUGUCGUUCUCCGACGAAUUAAGCGGGUUCCGCUCGUCCUGGAGGCCUCAGGGCUCCCGAGUGUGGACGGCAGUGGAGAAACGAAGGUGCCACAGCGGUGGGAAUGUUCGAGGCGGAGGAGGGGGUUACUCUGGUGGUCAUUUUCCUCCCAUUCAGCGUAGCUCCAGCUUCAGUUUUCCCUCGUGCUCCAGCAUUCACUCAGACGGCGCCCUGGACUUGCCUUUCUUCAAUCAGCGACUGCCCCUGCACCCUCAGUUCACUGCCUCUCCAGUCUCCCCCACCUCUCCAUCUUCACAUCAUCACCACUCCUUUCAUCAUCACCACCUCCUCCGGCCUCUCUCGCUCUCCCACGAGCAGAUCAGCCUGCCAGAGCUGCAGAGGGAAGAGACAACAUCAGAGGCCAGCUCUCCCGACUCCACCCCAGAACUGGGGCGGCGAGCUGGCCAGAGAUCGGGGGGCACAGGAUGUCUGUCUCGGAGCAGGUCCCAGCCGUGUGUGCUUAAUGACAAAAAGAUUGGUAUGAAGCGCAGGAGGCCAGAAGAUGCCCAGGAGCAGCGGCCGUCCCUGGACCUGGCAAAGAUGACUCAGACACUUCAGACGUUUCAGAGCUUGAGCUGCCCCGGAUUCUCACCCACCGACAGCUGCCCAUCAAGCCUAUUGCUCUCCUCCUCCAGCCAACCAAAUUCUGACUUCACCACUGUGUCCAAACUAGGACUGGAGUCAACACGGGAAGUAGCGGGAGACGACGACGAUGACGAUGAGGAGGAGGAUUCCUCCUACGAAGAGCUGGACAGCGAUUCGGCGUGUAGCGUGGACUCGCGGCCCGGGUCUCCCGUUGGCGUCACUGGCAGUAAACGCACCCUCUGGAAGGGUGAAUGUGUGACACAGAGGGACAUUUUCCAGUUGGGUGGAGAGCUGGACCUUGACCAGAUUGAAAGAAACUGAACACUUUGCAGGAGACGAUAAAAGACUGUGUCUGGACUGUCGUAGAAGGUUAUUGGACACUGACGAUGUACGAGAAGAUGGGUUGAGCGGGGAAGUCUUGUAAAAGGGAAAGAUGCCGUGAGGAUAAAGGAUAAAGUAUGUUGCUGAUGACUGGUUUCUUAAUGGCGUUUGCCUUGAGCAUUCUUACUGUUAUAAUAUAAAAAAAACAACAGUUUUUUGUUCUGUUGUUUUUUUCUGAGGGGAUAUUCAGCUUAACUCAGGAGUGGGGAAGUGAAGGUUAGUCUUAAGAAAACUCCCCCGGCCCUCACUGUGUUUUCAACCUGAUGACCUUUCCAAAGUCGGCUAACCUUAGGUCUGUAGUACUGUAGCAGUAGCUGGACGCUCCUGUGUUUGAGUGGCAAGGGAAUUGGGUCAAUCAGGGAAGAGUAAACAGAAGAAGAAGUGUCUUCUCACAGACUUAACCUUGACCUUGCUCGUCAGCUUUUGUGCACACGUGAAAAUCUCUUCUUUUCUUUUUUCUUUUCUUUCCUGAAUGUAGACUCAAUAAGCUUUAUGAGAAGUCCGUAAAUUGACAGUGCCUUCUUUGUGGAUGUGUGUUUCUCCCCGGGUUGUCGUCAAGAAAGGCCACAAUUUCUGACUCGUUUUGUAGUUUCUUAAUAUGCAAAGUGUAUAUUUGAAUUAAACACUGAAUCUCAAGAUUUUCAAUUCUAAAAAUCAGUGUAUAUUUUUCUAAGAAUCUGUUCCACGUUUUUUUCAGUUCUAAUACCAGUGUAUAUUUUUCUAAGCAACUGUUUUUUUUUAAUGAGCUGUUUGUGAAGGAGCAAGAAUUCAAGGCCUUUCUUCUGACGGAAUGGACAUGAAAUAAAUUUACAACCUGCACUCGUA